ACUUGUAUGCGAUGUCUUCUUCCAUGGCCUCGGUCGCGGCUAAAUGCGCGUAGCGGUCCUAAAGCCGGAUCUCAGCUGGAUGCUGCACUUUCCGAGAAGGAACAAAGAUGUUCGACCAGGUCAGGCAAUUACGAGUCCUCAAGUAGAGCAAUGCGAUCACCAUCCCUCUCUGUCCAUCCAUGUCCUCAACAAAUACCGACGGUAUGUCUUCUGGCAUCCCUGCUGGAAUCAUCGCUACAUUCGUCGUGGUUGCAGUGUUGUCUGUUUUCGGGACGAUCGUCGUCGCCGUGCUGGUCUACAGGUACUUCAGCAAACACGGAUUGCCAUCGAUCAACUUCUACGCACCAACAACAGCCGCACCACCGACUACGAUUCCGAUUCCGAAUGGGGUAACGACGGUGGAGAACUUUCUCAAUGAACUGGCCGGAGAGAAACCCAUCAGGUUUUGGCCGCAGCAGCUCGCAGGCUUCACCCGCAAUUACGCCACCAAGCUGGGAUCCGGCGGUUUCGGAUCGGUCUACAAGGGGGAACUCCCCAACGGCCUUCCGGUGGCCGUCAAGGUCCUCAGUGGAAGCUUGGGUAAGAGAGUGGAGGAGCAGUUCAUGGCGGAAGUGGGGACGAUCGGAAGAACUCACCACAUCAACCUCGUCAGGCUCUUCGGCUUCUGCUUCGAUCCCAAGGUGCGAGCGCUAGUCUACGAGUACAUGGAGAACGGCUCGCUCGACAGGUACUUGUUCGACAGGAUUGAUCGGACGACGGACUGGAACACGCUUCAUGAGAUCGCGAUCGGCACAGCCCGAGGAAUCAGAUACCUGCACGAGGAGUGCCAACAGAGGAUCAUCCACUACGACAUCAAGCCGGGGAACAUCCUCCUCGACUCCAACUUCAACCCGAAGGUGGCGGACUUUGGGCUAGCAAAACUGAUGAAGAGGGAGAACACUCACCUGACCAUGCCCGGAGGGCGAGGGACGCCCGGCUACGCCGCGCCGGAGAUGUGGAUGCCGUCUCCGGUCACGCACAAGUGCGACGUUUACAGCUUCGGCAUGCUGCUGUUUGAGAUAGUCGGGCGGCGGAGGAACUUCGACGGUGAUGUGACGGAGAGCCAGCAGUGGUUCCCCAAAAUAGUCUACGACAAGUUCGAGAGCGGAGCGUUGGCGGAGAUUGUGUCGAGCUGCGGAAUCGAGGAAGAAAUUGACAGAGAGAGGGCGGAGAGAGUGUUGAAGGUGGCUCUGUGGUGCGUCCAGUACACUGCAGAAGCCAGGCCUCCCAUGAGCAAGGUAGUGAUGAUGUUGGAAGGGGAGAUGGAGAUCACUCCGCCAACGAAUCCAUUUCAGCAUCUCUACGCAUCAGGUGCAGGUCUCGAUUUGUGGGGUGACGGUGGCUCGGAUUUCACAUCAACAGGCGUCAGUGAAACCACUCCCACCAUGAGGAAAUAUGAUAUAGAAAGAGAAACCGCAUAGUGAAGUCCGAUUCAUGUUCAUCGAUUCCGGACAAAUCGUAGCAACCUCUCAUAUAUUAACAACUAGUGGGUAAGAUUGUACGUAUCUGUGGAACUAAGAAGCAGUCAUGAAGUAUGAUCUGUACUCGGCAAAGGUUGAUCAGAGCACACAUAUGAAAACUAUAAUGUACAGGGGCAAUGUUGAUAAUAAAAUCAUAGAGAUGCUUGGUGAGAACCAAGAAGCUUC